GAAUAUGCCAUGAUCAACCAUGGGCACGCGAUGCGUCAAAGAGAAUCUCAUCCCAAGCAUUGUCCUCACGGGAAAGCAAUUCACGAGAAUCUCAUCCCGAGCAGGGAACCUCACGGGAAAGCAGAGAAAAAAAGAAUACGCACCGUUGCUCUUCGCGAAACGCAACUUUACUCGAGACAACGGUGAAAGAGGAACACGCGAUGGGCUGCGUCGGCCUAGGUGGGCUCGCCGGAGAUGGAGACCACCGGAGAGUCCGUCGUGCAGCAAUUGACGGAAGUGGCUCGGAAGACCCGCCACGAUCUCGGCACGGCAUUUUGAAAUGGGCGUAACAAAUUAUUCGAAUUUACGCCGCUAUAGCGACAGGCGCGUCUGUACGCCACCCAAAGAAGUUUGGGCGAGUGGCAUUGUACAGCAGAUUCGUGUAAAACGCUUAGAUGAUUGUGCGCCGAAGGAGCAUCGGGACGUGUUGAGUCAGCCUCGAUCCAGCGGUCGGCCCGACUUCCGAUUCAAUCCGUCCGCGCAUCUGCUUCAUGUAAAUGGAGCUCGAAGUAUUGGACACCGCAAGAGGGAACCGCGGAGCUCGUUCUGACUGCGUCGUUUGAAUGCGUACCCGCGUGCCGUGCGAUCGCUGCUGCAUCAGUCGGGAGCGUGUAUCCGUGACGGCGAGGGCGUUGGCCCUUCUCGGUCCCGACGCCCGCUUUCGACGGACAUGUUUUCAAGGCCCGCUUGGGCAAUCGACCAAGCAGCGACGAUCGUCUCCGCCACCAGACUGUCCACCCGUGGAGAAACCACCAUGGCGGCGGCGGCGGCAGGGCGCCAUCCACAGCAAAUUCCAUCAUCAGCUGUGGUGACUGAGGAUGAUAAGGGCUCCGUGAUUGCACAGUUCUACCAGGACCAGGUCGUAUUCCUCACAGGAGGAACAGGGUUCAUUGGAAAGGUUCUGCUGGAAAAACUGCUCCGAUCAUGUCCUGGUGUAAAGCAAGUCUACCUACUGGUACGAGGCAAGAGUGGAGAAGGACCUGAAGCCAGGCUCGAAACAAUGCUCAAAUCUAAGGUGUUUGAGCGGCUAAAGCAAGAGCAACCAGGUGCCCUUCAUAAAGUGCGAGCAGUAGCAGGGGACCUGACUCAGCCGAACUUGGGGCUCAGUGCAACUGACCAGGCCACCUUAGUUGCGAAUGUCUCGGUUGUCUUCCACUCAGCUGCCACUGUCAAGUUUGAUGAACCUCUCAAACGAGCGGUUCAGCUCAAUGUUCUGGGUACACGGCGUGUAGUGGAUCUUUGUAAACAAAUGCCAAACCUUCGUGCUCUUGUACAUGUAUCAACAGCAUAUUGCAACUGUGAUAAACCAGAAGUAGAUGAGGUGAUUUACCCUCCACCUGUAGACCCCAAAAAGAUUAUAGAAGCUGCUCAGUGGAUGGAUGAUAAGAUGAUGGACACUAUGAGUGGAUUCCUACUCGGGCAGCGGCCAAACACCUACACCCUUACCAAGGCACUAGCCGAGUCACUGGUGCUUGACGAGCGAGAAGAGCUUCCAGUCGCCAUAGUCCGGCCUUCCAUUGUCACUGCCUCGUGGCGGGAGCCCUUUCCAGGCUGGGUAGACAAUUACAAUGGCUUCACUGGUAUCAUAGUCUCCUGUGGUCUUGGCUUGUUACAGUCAGUAAUUGUAGAAAAAGAUUGCAUAGCUGAUGUCAUUCCUGUGGAUGUAGUGGCUAACAUGCUCAUCUCUGUUGCCUGGAACACUGCCACAACAAGGCCAGAGCAUGUGAGGGUCUACCACUGUACGAGCGGUACCUUACAGCGACAGACGUGGGGUGAAGUGACUGCGACGACGCAGAAGCUGAUUGUGCGGCACCCACUGCCUCAUGUGAUGCGCUUCCCGAAGGUUGCUCUCACCAACAGUGCGGUGUGGCACAGUCUGAACUUGUACUGCCUCCAUUACUUGCCUGCGUGCAUAGGAGACCUGGCCUUGCAGUUAAUAGGACGAAAGCCUAGAUUCUUAUCCCUUUACCAGAAGGUUCGUAAGGGCAUCGAUGUUGUGCAGUAUUUUACAACUCACGGGUGGCUGUUCCGAUCAAACAAUGUGGUGGCACUUGUAGAUGACCUGUCCCUGACAGAUAAGCAGUUAUUCAACUUUGAUGUGCGAAACCUGGAAUGGUAUUUGUACUGGGAACAGUAUGUAUUGGGUAUUCGCAAGUACCUCUUUAAGGCUGAAGUGUCCAAGCUCCCAGAAGCACGAAAGCACAUGAAGUGGCUUUAUGUCAUGCACUUGUGUCUCAACCUGCUUGUGGUCACAUUCGUGUGGCGACUGUUGAUGACACGGUCACAGACCGCACGGAACCUCUGCUACUUCAUGCUGACCUUUGCCACGAGGCUGUGCAAAAUGCUGCCCUCCCUGCGUACCCUGUGAUCUCUGCUGUCACAGAUCUUACGGUGACAACAGUGCAGUGCAAGAUGACAUGCGCCAACAAUGACCACGGCUGCUAAAAACUGCCUAGCUGCCCCACCGACAGUGGCCACAGAGACUAUUUCAAACGGCCACCCUUCCACCAUUCCUCUUGCUCCUGGCCACACAUACGCAUACCACCACGCAUUUGUCACUCAAGGAACCAGAUCUCCUUGCAGCUUCAAGUGAACAUGGCUAUGCGAAUCAUAUAAGGUAUAUGGCAGUUCAAAACGGAUGUGUUGCUGCUGUCCCAUAGGUCACUGUCAGAAAUACUUCCUACUUCACGGGCACUUUGGAUCUGCACACACUGUAUGAUGCACUGAGGAGCUAAGCACACAUGCGCAGACCAUGCAUCUCCGUAAUGUGUACAGUGUUUGCAAUGCUGCAGCAACUACUUACUAUCUCUGCAGUCUGUAGCCACCUGGAUUUCCCAUGCCAAAACUAUGCUCCGCCGUUCAAGCACAGCUUUAGCAUGCUGCGAAACUGACAAAAUGCUGCUUUUGGCUAGCUUUCUUGGCAAGUUGCAUUGGAAUUGUACCGUCUCGGGAAGUUUGGGCUUUCUGCCUUAUACGCAGCCUCUCUCCGAUUUUCCUGAGCUGAUACAAAUUACCAGGCAUCUCGAUAUGUGUAGAAUUGCCAUGAAUGAAACAUUUUUAAAUAAUAGUCAAUGGUUAUCCUUCCACACUCCUUUUACACACCAGAGGCCGAAAUUUGUGACAAUUCCUUUAAUUUUUCAUUUUUUAUGCGCUUUGUCAAGAGCUCACACGAAGCCGCGCCUUCGCUAUUGUCAGGAUCUGUCGCUUGGUAGGAUGUAUAAGGAACAAAUAGAAUCAAUGAAGAAUCCUCAUAAAGUAUGGCCCUUGAUCUACAGUUAUUUUACAUUCUUUGAGAACUCUAGUUCCUUUUGCUAGCUCUCAGUCAAUAAUAAUUGAGCUUAGCAGUAUAUCUGCUUCUUGAAAAUGUGUUAGAAUUUUUUUGCAUAUUGGUGAUGGCAUUGAAGAAUGUGAUAAGCCUGUGUUGCCCAACUGUUUUUAGGAUUAUGCCAUCGUCGCUCCAUAGUACUCUUCAUUUUAGACAGUGGAAACUUUCCAAUGCACUACAGUGUGUCCUUGUGCCUUUUGUUGCAUGUUUUUUUGUUCUCAAAUAUUGGUUACCUGCGCUUGCAUAAGUAACCCGACUGAUUUUUUUUUAGAGUGAUACGUUGCAAUACAAUCACUAAUUACAGGAAUGCUGUACAUUGCAAGCAUAUACAUAGGCCUUUUUUUUUUCACGAGGUGACAAUUAGUGAUUACGAAGGGAGAGUUUUCUUAUUUUUGGGGGAGCGUAUAAUGUUGUUGGCAUUAAAUAUAGAAAGCUUUGAAUUGAAGGCCUAGUCACACUCUUUCUUUGAAGCUUGCAUGCUGUGUCCGCAUUACAAGGUUUUGUUGGUGAACACUAAGUCUUUUAUGAAGCUAGGGGCUGCACUGGCAAUUUUUUCAGCAUCUUGCAGAGUGAAUUAAACUGCGACAAUCUGUGGGCACAGCAAGUAUGCUUGUCUCAGAUUUCACAAUAACUUUUAUACAUCAGCAAGACUUAGCAAUGUAUUUAAAACUGCUAAUUGUAUAGAGUGCAAUAUUAGCAGCAUUUUGAUUUUCACUCAAGCACCACUGCAGAAUGAGCAUGCAUUCUUUUCCUGAACUGUGGUCUUGGUUCAAGUGUACAGCAUUAUAUAGUCUAAUAUAUUUCACACUGCGUCAGUUCCUUAGCCCUAAUCACUCUAGACGAGACCAAUGCCAGCCGCUGUCUCAGUGCUUUCCAGCCAGUGCCUUGAGUCUGCAGUUGUUGGACGAUACACUGCCCGUCCCAGACGGCGCCACCUACCGCCUAACCCAGCUGCAGAGACUGGCUAUGCAUAAUGAGUAGUGGUGCUUGUGUGCAUUCUGUGUCUGGCUUCGAACUGAAGCAUGCUUGCCUCUGGGCUGCAAAGAAUGCAAUCACACUAUGUGCAAUCGCUAGGGUAACAAUGUCUGUGGCUUAUCUCAGAAGCCAGUCAGAACAAAAGCAAAUUGAGCUCUGUUAUCGGCAAUGCCUAGGCCACUUUGAUGUGCCGCCAGAAUGCUGCAGCAAGCACAUCUUCCAAGUAACUAAAGUUUGGGGUUUUUCUCAGUGAAUGCUGCAUUCAGUACGGAAUUAUCUCUGCUGCCACACACCAUUUGCUUCUCAUUGAUCAGUGCUGUGCAACUGUGCCAGGGUUUACUUUAGCGGGAUCUAUGUUUGAUUAUAGCUUUUGACAAGGCUCUAGCUGUAAAUGAUACUUGACAUAUGUAAUGCUAACCUUCUUGAAGACCACUAUCCAAGUGAGAACUUCGAAAGGGUUCUGCCUCUUAAUUGGUGCUGCACCUUGCAAGAGCAAUAUCAGAGGCUGGCCAUCAGAGCAGGGAACCAAGUUUGGAAGGCAACGUUUAGGAAGGCACAGCGCAGCAGAAGGCACCAGCCGACUGUAUACAAUUGUAUAAAUGCAGUCAACAGCAGACUUCAACCAUUCUAUUGUGAAACAGUACUGUUUCCUUUCCUACGUGUGUCCUAUUGCAAGACCUCCUAGAAGAGAGAAAAAAAAAAAAAAAAACCUUGCCACUGGUGACUACAUCAAGCAAUAGACAGGCAGCUACAAUGUUCACCUGCAAUGGUCAGUGCACAACAGUUGUGCUUGGUAUGCUAAUGGGGAACUACUUAUUUUGCUGAGGUAUUGAAACCUUUGUACAAGUUGUAGUUCAAGCAAGCUAACUGCUCCUGCCGCCGGGCAGGCUGCUGUUUCAUGUACAUGGUACCACUCUGCACUUUUUAAGACUGGCUGGCACUGCAUACCGUCAGCUCAUGAGGAACUUCGAAGUGCUUGGUCUUAGCACAGACUUGUCCGCAACGGGGAGGGGGAGCCACCACAUUUAGCUUGUGAAGUCAUUGUACAUUCCUUACUGCCCAUCGAAUGCCAUACGAGUGUUUGCCAUGUAGUUAGUUUGGCUGCUCUAUUUCACCCCUUUCUACAGUAUAACGGCCGCAAGCAAUUUCUGAUGCGUCGGCCGGCAUGACAAAAGUGCACAAAUGGGGACUUUUACCUUUGCUCUAGUGCUGUAUUCCUCUAGGACAUCUUUUUGCAAUUAAAUUACACAGUGGUCACCAGUGCAUCGGUUUGACUGAGGUACUGAUUUUUCUUGAAUAUUUCCUUAGUGCCAAAGUGUACAAUGCGAGAGUGAUGCAGUGCGUAGCAAAGGCACUAGUUUAUGAUGCAGGACAAAGGUAUAGAGGUCGUGAGAUUGCCCUUGUCACUAAAUUCUAGUGUGGUAGUGCAAGCUUCUUAGAACAAGCAUCCAUUUUGGGGGCUAGUGACAAGGUUGUGUGUACCUGUCAAAAUAGGCAACGCAGACACAGCCAUUACAAAAUGAAAUAAAAUCUUGGAAAGGUGAAA